CAUCGGUACUAUCGAUAGCGCAUCCUAUCGUUUCCUAAAAACAAUAAUAAAUUGUGAAAAAAUGAUUAAAACUGAAGUCUGGCUCAAAUAAAACGAAUUUUUGGAGUUAUUGUAAACCAAAACAAGUUGUCCAACCCGUUACACACUUGGGAGACGCAGAGAAUUUAAAAAAAGUAAACAUUUCGGAAUACGUGGUAGUGCUCUUCCGACCAAUGAAGUAACCAGUCUUUAGAAUUGAUUUUGUCAGGAAAUGAAGCGCAGAGCCGAGACCGCCAAACCCAAAUCAUUGCCCUACCGGGUGGUGGAAGCGCCAAUAAAAGUUACCGAAAAUGAGAGUGUCAGUACGGAGGAGAAAAUAAAGAAUCUAAAUCAUAAAAUGAACGUGGUCAUUCUGAACCAAAAGAAAAUACUUCAAGUUUUGCGCCAAUUGACUGCGCAUCCCAUCGAUAUGUUGGGUCCUCAGGAUAUAAAAACAGACGAUUCGGACCUGUGGACGCCGCAACGAUUCCCAUUGACCGAGUUGGAGCAAAUGGAGGCGUUGGAGGAGGAUAUGAAUGACCCUGUGAAGGCAUCAGUCUAUGUGGAAACCAUGAAAGAUCUCUUGAAACCUGGCGGAAUAUUCCGAGCUGGCGGUCUACAGAAAAACUUUCAUCUUAUACUCCGCGUUGAUUUCAUGGUCAUGUUCAAUUUGGAUGGCAUUCACCACAAGAUACCUCUGAAGAAGUUUGCCAAUUUUAGCAGAGCCCUAUACAAAGUUCUCAAGCGUGAUGAAGCCUAUGUCAUGGAUGACUAUAUCGCUGAAAUCAGGACGACUUUCCGCGUUUAUAAAAAUAGAAAUAAUAAGAGGGCGUCGGUGGUUAGACGAAAAAUGAAGGAGGCCGAAGCCCAUAUAGAGCCUGAGCUAGACUUCGAGGAAAUUAUAUGCUCUGAAACUAGCGAGUUUAUAGAUGAAUUUGAUUGACCUAAUUAUUCUUUAAUAAUGAAACAUAGAAUAUUAAUUAAUAUAAGUUAGUUGUUAAUAAGGAACAACAAUACAA